AUGGCCGAGGCGCGGGCAGGCGUGGGAGCUACUGCCGAGGCCGCCGCCCGUCGCCUAUCAGACAGGCUCGCCGCCCCCCUGGAGUAUGCGACCUUGCCCAGUGCAGAUGCUGCUGCGCCCGAGGGGUGGGUCGCGAAUAUUGCGAAGGAUGAUGCCAAAGUCACCGCCCCAGAAGACAUCGUGGGGUCUGUCCUCCAGGCGACCGCCGAGACUUCGGCCAGCUUGCUGCAGGUUGAGAUGGGGGAGGAUUUCGAAGCCGACUCUUUCGAGCCGCAGGGAAAGGCUGUGAACCCUGCGCUCGCGAAGAUCACCUUCGCCGACUUCGUGAAGAAAGCUACCGACAAGCUGGCCAGCUUCGUCGACUCUGGGGAGCUGGAGGCGAAGCAGUCCGAGCAGACCUUCAGGGACGCGAUGGGCGAAGGUGACGAGUUGACCCCGGAGAGCUCCACCUUGCUCGGAGAAGUGAACGUCCAGCUGGGUGAUGUGAAGAAGGAGUCUGCAGCCCUGGUCGCGUCCUUGACUGCCAUUGUCGAGUCGUCGCGGACGGAUUCCGACUUCGACUUUGGCGCUGGCAAGCAGCAGGUUCAGGAACAGGUCAAGAAUUUCACCAGGGUCGGCUCCAACUACAAGAAAUUCAAGAAGAGCAUCAGCUUCGUCCAGAGCGUGUUGGCGAAGCGCUCGGGCAAGAAGGUCAGGGCAUCUGGCAAGGACGACGCCGCGAGCCUCGACCAGAAGGACGAGUCGGAGGUCACCGCGGCGCACCAGGCGCACGCCAUGCUCAUGGACCAACCUACGAACGUGACGUUGGCCAUCACGGAGUCGGACUGGAGAACCGGGUCGAAGGUUGAUGGCACCGCCGUGCUGGCUGAGUCAGCUGAGCAGCAGGUGGAGUCGCCGUCGCUGCUCGGCCCGCCCAGUCUGACUGAGCAGCAGGUGAAGCAGUGCUCACAGUACAAGGAGAUGCGCAAGACAGUGCAGGGCGUCCUGGACGACUCGAAGAUGUCGUACACCGCGGUGAAGGCGCGAGUGAGCUGGACCUUCCACAAUUCUGUCCGGGCCCUGAGGGGCAAUAGCGAUCUGUCCUCCGCGCCCCCGCUGGACAUGCCGAAAAAGAUCCAGGAGCUAGCGAAGAAGGACGUCCUUGGCAUCCAGGCUAUCCAGUGCGCAGCUGGGCAUUUCAACAUCGGCCCGAGCCCCUUCGAUUGCGCGGAGGUGCACUUGCUCGACGAGGGGGCCGAGAUGAUCAUCGGGUUCCUCUUGCCUGAGGGGGGCGCCCUGGGCGAGCAGCAUGCGUCCAUCAAAGCAAUGACCGGGGCCCAGUUGUUGGCCCAUACCAAGGCAGUCGGCGGUUGGGGGCGCCUUGUGAAAGCCGGUGAAAUGGCAGUUCUGCCGGCAGGCUUCAUCUUUUUAACUUUUCGGCCGGCGGCGACCUCGGGAUACCGCUGGUCUUGCUGGCCUUCCUGGGAGGGGGAGGGGAAGCGCGUCCUGCGCACCGUGGCGGCGAUGCUGGCACAUUGGCCGCAGCUGUCGCAGACUCGGCUCUGUGCUUGGCGCGAGGCUCUUCUCCAGUACACCUUGGAUGACUCGAGCUCCGGCCACCCUGGCGGGCGGAAGCGCGGGUUGUCCGUUGGGGCCAGUCUCAAGGCUCAAAGCAAGGUGCCGAAGAGCACUUAA